AUGGCCGACGCACGCGGCGAAUACUGGUACCUUGACGACGGCGUCGAGCCCACCAAGAUCACGGUGCCGGAGCUGCGGAGCAUUCUGCUCAAGCAUGGCGUGCACUAUCCCGCCUCGGCGAAGAAGCCUGCGCUCGUCGAACUCUUUGCCGCCAACGUGCUGCCUCAAGCUGCGAAGAUCCAGCGGGCAGCCGCGCGAACAGUGCGGUCUACGCGCGGCAUAGUCGAUGUGCCUUCCAGUUCCGCGAGCACCACCACGACCGACGACACGGGCGACGACACCUUAAUUCCGCCGCCACCAGCACCAAGGCCGGCGUCGCGGCGUAGGACCCGAGCGGCUACAGCAGAGCACGAGGACGAGAAGCCUGCACCUGCGCCUGCCCGCACACCUGCACGUCGAGCGAAAACACCGUCGCAGACAGUUCCGAACAAGCAUGCUCGCGAAUCCGAUGCAGACGCCGAUGGGCAGCCAGCGCAUCAGCGCACCCGGAAGAGCCUUGCGCCACAAGUCAAGGAGCCGACACCAGACCCAGAGGCGUGGCACCGUCCAGCUGCGGAUAGCCCCUUCACACAGGACAACCCUUUUCAAAGCGGUAGCUCUCCGCCAAACCCCGAAUCGCAUGCGCGCGAUCGACGAAGAAAGACCAUGGGCUUUGAACAGAAGGACAGACGCAAGAGCGAUGCGAACCGUAGGAAAACGUAUCAGCCCCAAGCAAGCCAACAAGAGGACGGCGUUGUCGUCCCUACUCGGAAAACCUUCGAGAUGCCUGUUUCUCGUGUGAAGAAAGAGGAGGCAGUAGUCGCUGUGCCCGAUAGCGGCGAUGAAGGCGAGGAAGGCGAGGAGUACACACCAGAAGAGCAGUUAGAGCUGGUUCGAGAACGCGCUAAGAAUGGCGAGGUGGAUAUCCUGCCUUCAAGACGACGCAGAGAUCCUCAUAAAACCGCCAGCACUGUCCAAGCGUUCCUGCUCACAUUCAUUACGACCGCGUUCGCCGUUCUUGGUGGAGUCUGGCGAGAAGAGAAGUUUGCAAUCGGCUUCUGCAACACCGGCUCUGUCGCGCCCACGGCAAUCGCUGGUGUCGAACUCCCGGAGUUUGCCACCGGUCUUCUUCCGCAGUGCGAACCAUGUCCGCCUCAUGCGUACUGCUACCCUAAAUUGCAGGUUGAGUGUGAGAAAGACUUCAUCAAGAAGUACCACCCACUAUCAUUUGGAGGCGUCCUUCCUCUACCACCUACCUGUGAGCCAGACACAGAGAAGACGCGGAAGGUCACCCAGGUGGCUGAUCACGCUGUGCAAAUGCUACGGCAACGACGCGCACAAUUCGAGUGUGGCGAGGACGAUGCGCAGGGCAAGGUCGUGCAGAGCCCUGAGGUCAGCAUUGCGGACCUGAAGGCAGGAUUGUUAGCCAAGAAAAGCAAGAGUUUAUCGAAUGCCGAAUUCGAGGAUCUAUUUGCCAAAGCUAUCGGCGAAAUACCGGGAAGGCAGGAAGUGGUUGAGAAGAGCGACGGAACUACCGGAGAACGUCGGCUCGCCUCAACCUCUCUCUCAGAGCUCACCCUCGCUUGCAGCAUCCGACGAUCCCUACGAGAAUCACUUGAACGACAUCUUCUCCAGAUUGUAGGCGUCAUCCUGUUCAUCGCGAGUGGAGCGUACGGCAGAUAUGUCAUUACGUCUAAUCGAGCUAUCGAAGCUCGAGCGAAGCAAUUGGCCAGCGACGUCUUCGAUCGCCUCGCCAAUCAAGCCGCCCUGGCUCAUCAAGAACCAGGCGCAUACCAGGACCGCGGUCUCAGCAUGAACCAACUCCGAGACGAUGUUCUUCGCAAUGAAUUUUCGUCUUCGCGGCGCAUGAACCUCUGGAAGCGUGUACAGAAGAAGGUCGAGCACAAUUCGAAUAUCCGUGCUGCAGUACGUGAAGGAGCAAGCGGCGACAUUACGCGCAUGUGGGAAUGGAUUGGACCUGUUCGGUUACUGGAAGAUGGACACAGCAGUGGAAAGCGCGACGGUGGACGGCGUAGCCUGGGCUGGAUGUCAACGCCCGGCAGCAGUCCGCCCGAGCCGAACGUGGAAGGCCAACGUUGGGAUGACGGACAUCCGCAGUACUAA